AUGGACCGAACGGUUUUAUGUAAAGGCUUCGCUCCACCACCACCCACCCCCUCCUCCUGCGCCGACGCCCGACGAGGAGGAUACAGAGUUGCUCCACAGCUUGCGAUAACGAUACUGGAUGCCCUACAGUGUCCCCGUCGCUGGCGUCGCUGCGCCCCUCCCGCCUACACCCGCCCAUGCCCACCACGCCCACGGCCGCCCGGGCCACCGCCGCUCGUACACGUUCGACCAGGAGACAAGGGGCCCCGGCGCGUUCAGCAGCCUCGGCGUCCUCCCGCGGCGCACCCCGCCCACUUCAGCGAAACGAUUCCACUUUCGGGCGGACGACGAGGACGGGAGCUCGUCCAGCAGCGACGAGCAGCCGGUGAUGUCGACGACGGCGAUGCCAGCCUGGGCACAGCCAGCAAAGGGGAGGGAGACGGACGAGGAGGACGGCCCCCCCCCCGCCGCUCAGACUGCGCCAGCUGCCUUCGUUUUUGGGCGCCAAGGCCUCGCCCCCCGCGCUCGCCGCAGCGCUCGCCCAACUCGUCGUUCAUCGGUGUGCCCUUCCCGCGCUCCGGCUCCCCGGCGCCCACCACCCCGCCAAUCCCGGUCCGCCCCGCGCUGCCCGGGCGCGCAAGCAGCCAGCCGGUCAUAUUGCUGGCCAACGGGAAGCCGCUCAAGUCGAGCCUGAAGUCGAGUCGCAGCGCACCCCAUGUCCCUUCCCACCAUCUGCGGGCCCGCUCGGCGCCGUCCACGCCCGCGCUGUCCCCCUCGGGCACGGGCACGCCGGAGGAGGCCGAGGAGGAGCACGACCCCGCCGCGUUCGCUGCCGCCCUUGGCCUGGAAGGCGAGUACGUCGAGAGCCCGAGCACCCCGAAGGCGGUGCACUUCCCGCCGCCGGACGACGGGCUCGAGACCGUGCGCGUGUUCAAGCGGACGGCACGGCCCGCGAGCGUGAGCUUCCCGCUCGGCGCGGAGGACGAGACGGAGACCGAAACUGAGACGGACAGCGGGGUAAGGUGGGUGUCGAGCGCGGCGGCGGCUGCGGCGGGAAGGGAGGGUGGGAGAAGGACGGUCUCGAGCCCGUUGAACCCGAGUCCGAGGAUGGCGGAGGGAGAGAAAGCGGAGGAGUGGAGGUAUGUUGUGGACGCGCCGGGGAUCCCGCGGGCGAGGGACGGCGCGAGCAUGGUUGUGCUGGAGAGCGUCACGUUGGAGACGCCCCCCGGCGAGCUCCACCUGCGCGGCACGCUCCUCGUGCGCAACGCCGCGUUCGAGAAGCACGUGUUCGUGCGCUUCACGCUCGACGGGUGGCUCACCACGAGCGAGGUGGCCGCCAAGUACCUUGCAUCCACGCCGUCCGGCGACCCCGGGCCGGGGUGGGACCGCUUCGGCUUCUCGAUACGCCUGACGGACUACGCGCACGUGCAGAAGGGCCGCGGGCUCGUGGGCCGCGAGCUCGAGAUGGUGGCGCGCUUCUGCGUGCCGUGGGUCGCGGAGGGCGGGGCGGCGCCGUAUGUGUGGUGUGAUCCGGAGGAGCCGAGGGAGAAGGAAGGGGAGAGACGGUGGCUGGGCACGGGCGCGGCUGGCCCGGGGGAGUGGUGGGAUAACAACGGGGGGCGGAACUAUCGCGUGGGGUUCCGCUCGGAGAGCACCCCUGCGCCGGCCCCUGCAACCACCACGUCUCCCGCGCCCGGUCCGCCGCCUACAUCGGCGCCGCCUUCUGUCCCGACGUCGACGAUCCCGUUCCCGCGCUCGUCGCCGCAGACACUCUCGCCGUUACAGCCCCCACUGACUACCCUCCCGGUGGCUGGGCCGGUGCCCCCGCCCCCGCCGCCACGGACAGCGCACGCGCAGGCGCUCGCGGCGAAACUCGGCCGACUGAGUCUGCGGAACUAUGCGGCCCCGGCGCCGCGGCCGAGUUCGUGGGCGGGGUUCGUGCACUCGAGUCCGCCACGUGAGCAGUCGAGCCCGCCGCGGCUGUCGCCCCUGGUGAUCAACGAGCCCCUGCCGGCUGCGAAUGCCCAGGCCGGGGUUGGGCUGUACUGGCCGUGGGGCCGGACCGCGACGACGCCGGAGGUGGUUGUCACCGAGGUGCCGGAGGACGAGUCGGACUCGGACCGCGAGGGCGAUGGCAAUUCGCUGCUGGCGGAGCGAAGGGAGGAGGAGACGCCGCCGACGUCGCCGCUCGGCGCGCGCGGGCUCGCGGGGCUGCUCGAGGCGGGCGACGGCGCGGGGGGAGAGCGGGGAGGAGAAGGACCAGGAGGUGCGCGGCCCGCCGACGGGCGCGGAGACGAGCAGCAGCGUGUACCGCGCGUUCGUGCAGCAGUGGUGCUUCGCGGGCGCGGGGUAGGCGGCGACAUGAUGACGAAGAUGAUGAAGAUGAUGACGACGAAAAAAAGGCCAAGGCCACUGACUGACCCGCAUACCUUCCUUUGGCUCCCCUUCUAUGCGCAUUUUGCUGUGUAA